AUGAAAAGGAAAUGUUAUGAAAUAGGUAAAAAAGGAAUGAAGAAUUAUGAUAUUAGAAAAGAUCGUAAAAUGGAAAGAAAUGAGAAGCGUGAACGGGGCAGUCGACAGCGCGAUAUUCCACUGGCCGCAGACAACAAAGAGCCGAAGCGGAAAGUGAAGAAAGGACGACGCGAGAGGCUGCCCACCAAGGAAGCCCUAGUCCUCGGUUUGCACUCAUUUCCAGAUGCUCGCAGUACGGGGCCUGUGAAUAAUGAGUUUUCCUGCCCACGCUCAUCUGUCAAGAAAUCGCCACAACAUGCUUGCAGGCCUCGAAUAAUGCUUCCGUUGACAAUUGGUGUCGAACAAUCUGAUGACGAUGAGUUGAGUGCAGCCAGGCCUAUUCGUGAACCGUUUACUCCUGAAGUGUCGCUUUCCGGAACACGUCGUCGACAUCCCACCACCGGUACACUACUCGCAGCACGCGAAGAGAAGGAGAUAGGGAACUCACGUGUGCUCGACAAUCUGCGCAACAAUCCGGCACUUGCUGGCAUAUUCCAAAACGAGGCGCUGGUGGAGAGGCUCAGCCGACCAUCCGUGCUCAGCGCCGCACAACGAUCCGGAAGCGGCGCCCGUGGCAACCCAAUCACCACGUACCCGAGACUUGCAGCCGCCAAAAACCGGCGCAAAACAUCACGCCUCAAGCCAAUUGACUAUAAAGUGAAGCAGAUUGUGGAAGAGCGGCCGAUUCCUCCACCGCUGUUCAUACCGAAAGGACGACACACACGUAUCCGACUGACUGGCGCUACCGAGAAGGAAAUCCCGGGCAUCGGAGGACGCUUCGUGAUACCUUCCCUCGAUCCAACACUGCCAGCGCUCAAUAGUGCAGUACACACGCAAGGCAAACAAAGGUUACUCUUAUUACAAUUUUCAGCAACAAAACCGCACGAAAACAAACGUAGCAAAUGCUAG